AUGACCCAACAAGACAAGCCCGCGGUGGUUUGUGUAUUCUGCGGUGCCACAGGAGGUAACGACCCAGUCCACCUCGAAGCGGCGCGGGGCCUCGCCCAAGAAUUCCACAAGAACAAUGUCCAACUAGUCUACGGCGGCGGCACAACCGGCCUGAUGGGCGAGAUUGCCAGGACCCUCGUUGCCCUUUCCGGACCCAAGGCUGUCCACGGCAUCAUCCCCCGUGCCCUCGUCAAAGUCUCCACAAAGAGCAGCAACGGCAAUGGCAACGGCAACGGCAACUCAGAGCAACAUAACGGCGAAGGCAAGGCCGCCGAGCGCGUCGUAUCAGAGGCCAUCGAUGAAGAAGGCAUCCCAGAAUCAGAGUACGGUAUUACAACUAUCGUGCCGGACAUGCACACGCGCAAGCGGUUGAUGGCCACAAAGGUUAUGGAGGGUGGAAAGGGAUCUGGCUUUGUUUCUCUUGCCGGUGGCUUCGGUACCAUUGAGGAAGUUAUGGAGAUGACUACUUGGAACCAGCUUGGUAUUCACCGGGUUGGGUUGGUGUUGGUCAACAUCAAUGGAUACUGGGACGGUCUCCUGGCCUGGGUUCGCAACGCAGUGAAGUCGGGUUUUAUCAGCAGCGAGAAUGGUUCGAUCCUGGCCGAGGCUCGUGAUGUAUCUGAAGUUUGGCCCAAGCUUGUGGAGUACCAGGUCAGCCGUGAUCGGAUGCAACUGAACUGGGGAGAGGAAUAA